UCGCUUUCCGGAUUGCCCUCGGAGUCAAUGCGCCUGGACGGGCUGUUAAGUGGGGCUAGAGCCCAGCUAUUGCAGGGAUCGUCCUACCUCUUUGGGCCUGACAACGUCAAGCCGUCGCAACGGACGGCCAGACAGGUCGGCCGACGACAGUCAACAACUUAUAAAAGGGGCGCCAAUCUCACCCAGCCUCCUAGUCGUGGUCGGUUGCCAGUCUAG